UCCAACAAGAAGAAGAGAAGAAGAUAAGUCAUUCUCAUUAGUCUACCAUUCCGGUACUUGCACCAUCUGCAGCAUCGUAGGGAAACGAAACCUCUUUUAAAAGCCUAACAAUGCCUAUGUUUGUGGUGAACACCAACGUGGCCAAAAGUGAGGUUCCGGCCGCUUUACUGUCCGAGGCUACCGAAGAGCUAGCCAAAGCUAUGGGCAAACCAGCACAGUACAUUGCUGUGCAUAUUAACCCUGACCAAAUGAUGAUGUUUGGAGGAAAAGGAGACCCCUGCGCCCUCUGCUCCCUCCACAGUAUUGGCAAGAUAAGUGGAGCUCACAACAAGCAAUACUCCAAGUUACUGUGUGGACUGCUCAACAAACACCUGGGCAUCUCUGCUGACAGGAUAUAUGUUAACUUUGUCGACAUGGAUGCAGCUAAUGUGGCCUGGAACAACACAACCUUUGGCUAAGCUUGGGGGCCAGCAUGCUGAAAAAGAGGAUCAUUACAGUAUUUUCCUGAAUACAUAGUUUUGAAAACUAGUAAAAUAAAAGAAUGGGGAUACUUAAUAAUCCACUGGUUAUCACUGUAAAAGCAUUUAGCAGGACCUGUAAGCUUUGCACUAACAGCAUCUACCAUUUAAAAGCAAUAAAGCAAACCCUGUAGACCAUGA